AUGCACGUGGUGAGCCCAGAGCUUCAUAAACAAGCCGCUGCCACUUUAGUCGCUCAGUUGCUUUCCACUGAUCCCACAUCAGUGCAGCAGCAGAGAAGAGAAGAGAAGAGAAGAGAAGAGAAGAGAAGAGAAGAGAUGGCACUGGCCGACACGGAGCGCGGAGUGUCCAACUGCGGAGGCGACUCUUCUGGCUCUCUGUUCUCAGAGAUCAUCGAGCUUAAUGUCGGCGGCCAGGUUUAUGUCACCAGGCACAAAACUCUCAUCGCCGUGCCGGACUCUCUGCUGUGGACCAUGUUCAGCAAGAAGUCGCCCAAGGAGUUGGCGAGAGACAGCAAAGGGCGCUUCUUCUUGGACAGAGACGGCUUCUUGUUCCGCUACAUCCUCGAUUACCUCCGAGACCUCAACCUGGUGCUGCCGGACUACUUCCCGGAGAAGAGUCGACUGCAGAGGGAGGCGGACUUCUUCCAGCUGCGGGACCUCGCAAAACGCCUCAGUCCUCGGGUGAGUAAGGAGAACUCAAUCAGCGAGAGUGACACGGAGGACGGAGCAGCGCAGCAGUGCGGCUCAACCACCGGCGCCAUGGACACUUUACGCACCGUGUCCGGCGACACUUUACGCACCGUGUCCAGCGGAGUCGCCAUGGAGACUUUACGCACCGUGUCGGUCAGCGGCGACUCCUCCAGGAAGUCCGGCUACAUCACCGUAGGAUACCGCGGCUCGUACACCAUCGGGAGAGACAUCCAGACCGACGCCAAGUUCAGGAGAGUGGCUCGCAUCACGGUGUGUGGGAAGACGGCCCUGGCUAAAGAAGUGUUUGGAGAGACGCUGAACGAGAGCAGAGACCCGGACAGACCACCAGAGAGAUACACGUCCCGCUACUAUCUCAAGUAUAAUUUUCUAGAGCAGGCGUUUGACAAGCUGACAGAGGUGGGCUUCCACAUGGUGGCCUGCAGCUCCACGGGCACAUGCGCGUACACCAGCAAUGAUCCAAACGAGGACAAAAUAUGGACAAGCUACACUGAAUACGUCUUCUGUCGGGAUUAACUAGCAGUUGUCAAUAUACAUGUCAAAUUGAUGUAAAUGGACAUUUCAUAUUCUAGAGGGGAAUGUCUUUAAAAUACCUAGAAUUUAUUGAAAGGAUAGGAAAGCCCAUUGAGAUGUAGCAUCUCAUUUUCGAGGGGGUUCCUAUAGACACAAAUACAAAAACACAUACAGACAAAACAGUAUUACAUAACAAACAUAGGCUGCAUACCAAAUUGCAUACUUUUCCUUUUUCCUUUUAGUACAUACUGCAGCUGCCCUUACA